AGUGUGUUCUGCCGGUUUUCUUUCCUCGCGAGAAAGCCGCUUCUUUCUUCCCGACUCAGAUUAUCUCUGUUUAAUACCUGCUCUCGGCAGAUAUCCGACAUUCACUUGAGCAGGUUUCACGAUCGAGGCAGAGCGGUAGACUUAGAGAAGUUCUGUUCUGAAACUAUUGACAUCAUUCAACCAGCUCUCGUCCUAGCAACAGGAGACCUGACUGAUGCCAAAACCAAGGACAAGUUGGGAUCCAGGCAGCAUGAGGUAGAAUGGCAAACUUACCAGGGUAUUCUAAAGAAGACAAGGGUCAUGGAAAAAACCAAGUGGCUGGAUAUUAAAGGAAAUCAUGAUGCAUUCAACAUUCCAGGCCUGGAGAGUGUCGAGAAUUAUUACAGGAAAUAUUCUGCUGUACGUAAGGAUGGCUCUUUCCAUUAUGUUCAUAGUACUCCCUUUGGCAACUAUUCUUUCAUCUGUGUGGAUGCCACCCUCAGUCCAGGACCUAAGAGACCCUACAAUUUCUUUGGAAUUUUAAAUGAGAAACAAAUGGAAGAGCUUUUAUCACUUGCCAAGGAAAGUAGUUGGAGCAACCAUACUAUUUGGUUUGGACAUUUUACAACAUCUACUAUCCUGUCUUCAUCACCAGGAAUCCGGUCAAUAAUGAGUUCAGCCACAGCUUAUUUGUGUGGGCACCUCCAUACACUUGGUGGACUGAUGCCUGUUUUGCACACGCGACACUUCCAGGGCACUUUGGAGCUUGAGGUGGGAGACUGGAAAGAUAACAGAAGGUACCGGAUAUUUGCUUUUGAUCACGACCUUUUUAGCUUUGCAGAUUUGACCUUUGGCAAGUGGCCUGUGGUUCUUAUCACCAACCCUAAAUCACUCCUCUAUAGCUAUGCUAAACAUGAACCCCUAGAAAGACUCCUUCACUCCACACACAUCAGGUACAAAAGGACUUUCCUUCUUUAUAAAAACAAUCACCUAAAACCACACAUUCAUGUAUGCUCCCAUUCUAGAGUCUUGGCCUUUUCCUCAUCCUCUAUUACUUCUGUCGCAGUUAAGAUUGAUGGAGUUCAUUUAGGGGAGGCUGUUCAUUUGUCUGGUCCUAUUUUCAUACUAAAGUGGAAUCCCAGAAACUACAGUAAUGGGACACACAACAUAGAAGUAAUUGUCCAGGAUUCUGCUGGAAGGAGAAAGACCGUUCACCACGUAUUUUCUGUUGAAGAGGAUCUUCAUCUCACGUUUGAUCCCCUGGCAUCAUUUAUUCUUCUUACUGACCACUAUAUCAUGGCCCGGGUCCUUUUUGUGCUUAUUGUGCUGAUCCAGCUCACCAUUCUCAUUAUUUUUAGGUAUCGAGGACAUCCAAAGCUUAAAGGACCUCCAGGAUUUGUAAAUCUGACCUCAUUUUCCCUUCAUGUCUUGAGCAAAAUAAACAUCUUCUACUAUUCUGUGUUGUUGCUGACCCUAUAUACAGUGCUAGGACCAUGGUUUGUUGGUGAAAUCACUCUAGGCAAAUUGGGUUGCUGCUUUUCUUUUGGGAUCUUUGUUGAUGGACAUUUCCUACAAGGCAGCUUAACAUUUAUAGUUGGGAUUCUCCAGCUGGUGUUUUUUAACGUCCCCUUGAUGACUUACCUAUCUUGGAGCUUGCUGCAGCGGUGCUUUGGUCACAACUUCAGGUCUCAUCUCCACCAAGGAAAAUACUUGAAAAUUAUACCUGUUCACCUACUUAUGCUACUACUGUACGUUUGGCAGGUCUACUCCUGCUACUUCCUUCAGGUGACAUAUGGCACCCUAGCUUUUUUCUUCUCCCCUUUGCGGACCUGGUUGACACUGCUGACACCUGUUCUCAUUCGUUGUGUGUGGACACUGAACCCCAGUGAGCUUGGAACCUUCACUGUGCAGUUAAAAAGCCACCUGAGCUCCUGAAGACCAUGCCUCACCAUGAGCAGCUGGGCCAGGUUCCUGCCUCCACAUCUAGUACAGCAGGUGGAAAGGCAAUGUUGGUGGGAGACCUCCAUGGAGCUGCUGCUCUUUGGAUGCCCGGGAGUUAAAGGGACUACCCACUACUGAUUGCUGCAGAAUGGACUGGAGAAAAGUCUCUAAUGCUGUGAUUUCUUUCUUCCCCAAGGAGGCAAAAGGUUGAUUUACCUUUGUGAAGAGAAAGCCCUAAUCUAGGAGAUCCGCAGGGUGGAUCCACAGGCUGGGUGUAUGUAUGGGAGCAUCUGAGGCCCAGGGUGUUUAGGUUACCCCACAUAAAGCACCUAGUACAGUGCCUGGCACUCAGCAGCUGCCAAGGUGCCAUUUUAGGGGCAGGGAAGUUGGGACUUGGACCUGACCCUAACUGCCUUUCACAUACUAGCUCCUAGCCCUAUUUUCCUGCAGGGUUAUGGUUGUCUGCUUCCUUAGUCGGGGGUAUUUUCAAUUUAUCAAAUAAAUGAAUGAAUGA